GUGGCCUGGAGGGUGACAGGAGUAGAGGGGCGCUUCACCAUGGAAUAUGAAGUCAAGAAAGGGAAGAAGGGCUUUGUGUCCCCCAUCCGAAAGCUGGUAUUCCCCAAGUCUGCACGGCGAGCAGCCUUUCGGAACAGUGUGAGCCGCCGGCCCCUGCACUCCAUGCCCCUUUAUCCUCCAGAUUAUCUCAUCGACCCCCAGAUUCUGCUGUGUGACUACCUGGAGAAAGAGGUCAAGUUCCUGGGCCACCUGACUUGGGUGACUUCCUCCCUGAACCCCUCCAGCCGGGAUGAGCUCCUGCAGCUGCUGGACACCGCCAGGCAGCUAAAGGAGCUGCCCCUGAAGACCACACCGGAGCAGGACAGCAUCCUAAGCCUGUCUGCUCGCUGCCUGCUGCUCACCUGGAGAGACAAUGAGGAGCUGAUCCUGCGCAUCCCCACGCACGAGAUCGCGGCUGCCUCCUACCUGCAGGACGACGCACUGCACCUGCUAGUCCUGAAGACCGGUCUAGGCGUGGACCCGGUGCCGGCCGGCGUGGACGCCAGCCCCGGAGGCGCGGGGCGGGAGGCGGGCCCGCCGGGCGCGGCGCCCGAGAAGCGGCGGGUGGGCACCGCGGAGCGGCGCCACACCAUCUGCAGCCUGGACUGGCGCGCGGCGUGGGGCGCGGGCUCGGGCGCGGGCGGCGAGGCCCGGGCGGCGGGCGGCGGCGGAGGCAGCCUGGAGCGCCAGCGCGCCGGGGCGCCGCGCGCGUCGGGCAGCUGGGAGCGGCGGCAGACGUUCAGCGGCAGCUGGGAGCGGCGACACGCGGGCGGCGGCGGCGGCGGCGGAGCAGGAGGUGGCGGAGGCGCUGCCAAGCCGGGAGGCAGCUGGGAGCGGCGGCAGGCGGGGGGCGGCGGCAGCGGCGGCAGCUGGGAGCGGCGCCACCCGGGUUCCAACCCGCUGGACCCGCAGGACCCCAGCCCCGAUGCCUACUGUAACUUGGUCAUCCUGGCUGUGGCCAACAGGGAUGCUGCUGAGGAGUCCUGUGCCCUCAUCUGUCAGGUCUUCCAGAUCACCUAUGGGGACCAGAGUAUCGAGUGUGUAGACCGGGCUGGCUACCACUACACAUCCACACCAGAACGGCCAUGGCUCAGCAGCCGCAGUGAGAGCUGCCGUACAGAUGGGACCUAUGCCUACGAUGCCGACUUCAGCUGCUGCAGCUCCUUCAAUGGCUCCCAGGACACGUUUGAGGCGUGUUGCAGCGGUACGUCCACGCCUUCUUUCCAUGGCUCCCACUGCAGCGGCAGCGAUCGAAGUGGCCCCGGCUUUGAGCAGUUACAGGAUUACAUGAUCACGUUGCGGAGUAAGCUGGGGCCCCCUGAAAUCCAGCAGUUUGCUCUGCUCCUGCGGGAAUACCGGCUGGGGCUGCCCAUCCAGGAUUACUGUGCGGGCCUGCUGAAGCUCUAUGGAGACCGGCGCAAGUUUCUCCUCCUUGGGAUGCGGCCCUUCAUCCCGGACCAGGACAUCGGCUACUUCGAGGGCUUCCUGGAGGGCGCGGGCAUCCGCGAGGGCGGCAUCCUGACCGACAGCUUCGGCCGCAUCAAGCGCAGCAUGAGCUCCACCUCGGCGUCGGCCGUGCGCAGCUACGACAGCGCGGCCCAGCGGCCCGAGGAGCAGACCUUCCACCGGCUGCUGGCAGACAUCACGCAUGACAUCGAGGCACUGGCCCCCGACGACGACGACGACGACCAGGACGAUGCCUGCCACGACGUCCACGAGUCCCCGGGUGGGGGCGACACCGGCGAGGACAACUACCUCUAAGCCGCUGGCUGUGCCUCCCUGCAGUACUGAGAGUGUCCUGCAGGGGGCGCGCGAGGCCGGCGCUGUCAGCACGGGGAACCCCAUUCUGCUUGGGUCCCACUCAGCCCAGGACUCUAGUCCUCCUCGAGGCCACUCAGCUUUCUGAAGUCUGCAAGGUCAAGAUGGUCUCCACCUGCUGGUAGACAGAAAAGAACUCCCGGUAAAUUCCCCAAGCACACAAAGCAAAAUGUAAUAUAAGAAAAAUAAUAUUUCCAAACGCCUCUGCUCAUCCUACUUUACAGAUUAGAAAGCUAGGGUUUUUUAAAAAAAGA